AUGUUGGUAACCAACCAAAGCCAAACACUGAAAGAAGAGCUAAACACCAUUACUACGCUCUUUGAGCAACUUCAUGCCAAAGCAAAUGAAAAAAUAGCUCUCUUGGAGAAGAAAGAGAAAGAGUGGAAGAUCAGACAAGAUCAAAUCGAAGAAAAUAUCAAAAAGUGUCCUGAUAAAGUAAUUUUGAACAUUGGAGGAAAAACCUUUGCAUCAACCAAAGACACUCUUCUCAGCAAGAAGGAUUCCUUUUUCUAUGCCAUGUUGUCGAGUGGUAAUUGGUUACCAGAUCAAGAUGGAACUUAUUUCAUUGAUCGAGAUCCAAAAUAUUUCCGAUACUUGUUGAAUUACUUGAGAACUGGAGAACGUCCAGAUUUAUCUGAAUUAUCAAAGGUUAAAUUGAAGGAAUUGCAAAAGGAGGCAAACUUCUAUUGUCUUGAUGAUAUGUUCGGAAAUGACUCAUCACUUGAAAUAUUGGCUAUGCCCUCUGUCAAGUCCACAAUAAUAUCACAAAGGAAAGUUUCUAUUGUUGGUGAUGAUAGCAGUGGUACAUACAUCAAAACCUAUAACCUCACAAAGUUGGAGAGUGGAACCUUUAGAUGGAAGAUCAAUAUUCAUUCAUUUACUUCAUGGCUUGGUAUUGGAGUUGUUAUGACUGACAGGGUGGAAAAGAAGAUAUUCAAUGACUUUGUUACUCCAUACAAAGAACACGGAUGCUACAUGGCAAGUGCAAAUUGUUACCUGUGGCAAGCAGCUAACGGUUAUUCUGCUAACAGUUUCCCAUUAAAAGCUGGAGACGAGAUGAUGAUGGAAUUGUCUUGUGAAAGUCAAGUUCUCACCAUCACCAAUACUUCCACCAAUGCUCAACUUACAAUUCCUAAUGUUAGCCUGCCAGCUUUUCCUUGUAUUGUUACGAAUGGAAAAUUCAGCAUUGAUUUAGAGUGGGUAGCUUAA